GUAACGUUAGGUCUGUGUGAUACCUUGGCGUGAGUUAAUGGAGAACACAAACGUCAUCGCUUAGUUUGGUUGACUCGAACACCGUACUCACUUUAUCUUUGCAGGUGGGCAACGCUCUACGAGGCCUCCGAUGAGCUGGGAGGAUUCUGUAAUUUCAAGCAUUCUUAUAAUAUAACGUGCUUAUCCAUUAUAGCUCCGCACUCUUGUUGUCUGUAAAUUUUUUUGUCGAAAACAUCCUUAAAUUUCCAAACCCUACGGUUUUCGCCAAAUUUGCGCUUCUUGUUUUUGCAACAAUUGAUUUUAAGUUUGAAGAAAAGCUAAGAAGGUUUGAAUAAAAUGCACAAGUAUGAAAAGAUCGAAAAGAUUGGCGAAGGAACCUACGGAACGGUGUUUAAAGCGAAGAAUCGUGAAAGCGGGGAAGUUGUUGCUUUGAAACGAGUCCAACUUGAUGACGACGACGAGGGGGUUCCAAGUUCAGCGCUCAGGGAGAUCUGUAUUCUGAAGGAACUUAAACAUAAGAAUGUUGUUCGACUGCAUGAUGUGUUGCAUAGUGAACGUAAGAUGACGUUGGUGUUCGAAUAUUGUGAGCAGGAUUUAAAAAAGUAUUUUGAUUCUUGUGGUGGCGAGAUUGACAGGCCAACCGUGCAGUCGUUCAUGUACCAACUGCUCAAAGGUUUGGCUUUCUGUCAUCAACAAAACAUUUUACACCGUGAUCUAAAACCACAGAAUCUUUUAAUCAACAAAAACGGUGAAUUAAAACUUGCCGACUUUGGUCUGGCUCGUUCCUUUGGUAUCCCAGUUCGUUGUUACUCAGCCGAGGUUGUUACGCUGUGGUACCGACCCCCUGAUGUUUUGUUUGGUGCUAAGCUUUACUCCACCACCAUCGACACAUGGAGUGCUGGCUGUAUUUUCGCUGAGAUAUCUAACGCAGGCGUUCCCUUGUUCCCCGGCAACGAUGUCGAAGAUCAAUUGAAACGAAUCUUCAAAGUCCUCGGGACUCCAACCGAGCAAUCUUGGCCAGGGGUUUCAAAACUCCCUGACUUUAAGAUCUUUCCCCUCUACCCCAGCAACGCGCACUGGGCGGCCAUAACACCACGAUUGUCAUCCAGCGGACAUGAUCUCUUGAAAUGUUUGAUUGUAGCGAAUCCUAGCGAACGACUAACAGCAUCCAAUGCAUUGAAACAUCGAUAUUUUGAUGACAUACACACCAGCUGACGUUAAUCACCAUUAACACAUGAUACACACAAUCACAUUUAUUACAAAAAUACCUAAUUUAUCAUCAUUGGGAAACAAGAUUUUUACAACUGAAAUCAAUUUUCUGAGGCUAAUAUCUGAGGGUUUUUAUGGCAGAUUUAAUUUUUAAUUUUGCAGAUAUUUUUCUACAACCAAUGUUUUGCAUUUUCUCCAGUCUUUGAGUUUUGUUAAUGUCUGCAACUUGUUUGCGUUCUUCAAAAACAUUUAUUGAUAUUUACCUUUGAAGAAAUCCUCCCAAGUUUAUUUUUGUUAAGAAGCUUUUCUUGUUUUACUGUUAUGUUUGUUUUAGAUUCUGCUGUGUAUUCAAGAAUUAGGAGAAUGAAUUUCAUUAUCGUAAUGUAUUUCAUGCUUGUGCAAUAUAACAUAACAUAUAGCUAUUUGACAUUCCCAUAUUUUCAUUUAAACAGAAAUAUUUUGCUUUUAUGUUCCCCUACCAAGCUAAGCUAAAUGUUUAAAGUAUUUAACUUGGUCUUGCUUCACUUAACUCUAAUGUACCUUGUGUAACUAUCUGCAUAGGCACCAAACCUGGGGUGGCAGGGUGGGCAGACAUGCCCUUUAAUUUUAUACCCCUGUAAUCAGUAAACAUUACAACCAAUAAGUUAGAUUUGUUUAAUAAGCUUGUAUGUCUAACUAUCCCUGCCUCCCCUGUGUUUGUAUAGUUUGACGCCUAUGUCCUAACAUGCAGAAUUCUUUUGCUUUCAG